AUGGGUGAACGGAUGGAAGCUGGGAAGAAUGGCAACCCGGCCAGGGGGCCUGUUUAUAUCAACCCCAUCAACACUCCGAUGGAUCCGCUGUGGGGAGAUAUUGCAGACUGGCAGGCAAUGAACGACCAAAAUAGAUACUAUCUGGAACACGGGGCGGAGAGGAAGGGAUCUCAUUGGCAGGGUUUCAACUGCGGGUGUCGAUCGGUUGUCAAGGUGAUGCAUCGCAUUGCCGGACCUGAGAGGGAUAUCCGGGGUGCCCCAAUGGAGAAACACGCGCCCAGCGGGGAUGUUGAGACGAGUAACUACUCUCGCGCGAUGGUCGUGGCCACCGAAUCUGAGCCUCUUCCUGCCAGAUUGCAGCAGCAAGCAACACAGCAUAGGGAUGCACAAGCGGGAUGCACGGUGAAUGACUCAUCGGAUGCACAAGUCACCUGA